UGUUGACGUGUGUGGCUCGAUUACGGAUAUACCACGACAACCGCUUGCGAGCACGCUAAAAUGCAUUAGAUUCAGCCUAAUUGCAAAUCAUUAUAUUAUUAUAAGUUAUACAUGCUGUGCAAGCGUGGGAUGGUUGGUCUGAAAAUAGCAUAACAUUAGCAAACAACGCGUAACACAAGUUAAUGUUACGUCACGUGGUGUGAGUAGGGCGGCCAUCUUUCUCUGAAAACACAAACAACAAGAGUAAGGAGCAGACUUCUCGACUGGACAUCAACACGCAGCGACCGUAGGAGAGGGGGUAAACAAAUCAAACAUUGAACACGACUUCAUGAGAGUAUCAGUACCAUUCUGUUGGAGGAGGAUGUUUACAGAAAGAGAAAGGAAACCAAUGCAUAUGAAUUAAAACCGAAGAUUGUACACAACAAAACGUAUUUAAAAAGAAAUAAACUACAUUAAUUCAAAGCAGUUUGAAGGGAGGUGGACAGGAAUCAAAGGUGUCGUCACCUAGAGGGUCAGUCAAGCCACGUUUCAGUCGGAGAGGAAACGACAGGAGAGAAAAGUGGGAGAGAAGGAGGGAGAGAGUCGCGUCUGCUCCUAGCAGCUGUUCCAGCAGCCUGUUCUGUUUUCCCCUGCGUUUUGAUUUAAAUCGAGAUUAAUCUUCUUUUUUUUUCAUGUCAAAUGUGAUAUUACUGCUGUUGUCGUAAUCAUUAUUGUUACUAUCGAGUAUUUUAUUUAGUUUGUUUCGUCAACUCGUUUUUGGAUUAUUCCAGUUUCUUGUUUUUCUUUUUACGACUUUUUUCCCCCCAGUUGUGAGCAGAGGCUUCUUCCAAACUGUCCUCAUAUCCAUACCAGUACUCUAUCCCCUAUACACACCUGAAACAGGCAGCUAUUCUCUAUCUCUGUGUGUGUUGGGGAGCUCUGUUACCACAGCUGUGUAAGCACCACUCAGCCUUCUCACUCAGCCUUCUAAGCCAGUCCUAGCCUGGUCCAGCGAAGUCCAGCCUGGUCCACUCUUCUGGACAGGAUCUGGUCUGAUGUUGGCUAGGCUACUUUGAAGCAAGAUACUCAGCUCUGUAAAGACGUGAGGAAUAUGACUGCUGAGACACUUAACUUCGGCCCAGAAUGGCUCCGUGCACUAUCCAGUGGGGGGAGUGUGACGUCCCCCCCUCCUUCCCCCGCGAUGCCAAAGUACAAGCUGGCCGAGUAUCGCUACGGCAGAGAGGAGAUGUUAGCACUUUAUAUCAAAGAGAACAAGGCCCCAGAGGACAUGCAGGAUAAGGAGUUUGCUGCUAUUCUGCAAGAUGAGCCCAUGCAGCCGCUGGCACUGGAGCCUCUCACUGAGGAGGAGCAGAGGAACUUCUCCAUGUCUGUGAACAGCGUUGCUGUGAUGAGGCUCAUGGGUAAAGGAGGUGGAGUCGCCCCUGCGGGCAUGGCCCGAGGCAGAGGCACCACACGAGGAGGAGGCCGAGGGCGAGGCCGAGGAGAGAGUGGAGGAUUCUACCAAAGAAGUAUUGAGGAGGGAGAGGUGGGCUUCGGCCGCGGAGCCAGAGAGAUCUAUCGCAGCCAGAGCUGGGAUGACAGGGGCGAGAGGCGUUUUGAGAAGCCUGCGCGUGCCAGGGAGGGGGUACGUGUUGGAUUAGAGGAGGUGACGGGUGUACCUGUGCCGGGGGUGCCGAGGAAGGACUACACACGGUCUGACAGUGAGAACUGGCGUACCCUCAGAGAGGAGCAGGAGGAAGAGGAAGGGGCCGACCCAGGAGGCAGCUGGAGACUGGCCGGAGCACGUAGAUUAGAUGACGGAGGCCCAAGGUCUGCAGGCUGGCGGGAGCACGACGGUCCGGUUGAGGGGCGUCGCAGGAAGUUUGAGUUUGACUUCGGCGGAGGUCGCAGGCGGGCCGGGAGCGAAGGGUUAGAUGACGACAGAGACGGACUGCCUGAGUGGUGCACUGAUGAAGAGGACGGAGAAAUGGGCACCUUCGACGCAUCCGGCGCUUUCCUUCCUCUAUCCAAGGAUGAGGAGUUUGACUUCCAGGGGAUAGAGGAGGAGGAAGAGAGCCUGUCUGGCAUGGAGAGGAUCAUGAAUGGAGGACAGAGAGUUGACGUCAAAGAAUCAGCCAGUGACGGGGAGGUGAAGAACAGAACCAGUCCCCCCUCCUCCUCUGCCCCUCCAGCCCUGGGCCUCAACCCCCCCAUGCCCCAGCUCUCCCUCACAGUGGCUGAGCUGGAGGCCUCUCAGAUGGCCGACAGCCACCCUCUUCCUGCUCCUGCUCCUCUCGCUGUUCCUGUCCCUGCCAAGGCCAGCAAGAUGCCAAGUGAAGUAGUUCCUGAAGGAUCACCAGCAGAGGACUCCACCACCCAGCAGAGCCCCAGCACCUCCUCCAGUCUGCCUUCCCCCCCUCCCUCCGCCUCCUCCUCCUCUGCUGCUACCCACCUCCCCCUGCCACCAGGGGGUGACACCGAGGAUGACGAUGGCAUGAAGCACCUGCAACAGGAGGCAGAGAAGAUGGUGGCAUCCCUGCAGGACACCUCUCUAGAGGAGGAGUGUUUUACCCAGACGCUGCAGGAGAGCAGAAACACAGCCUCUGCCCUGCCCCUCUCCCACGACGCUGCCAUGAAGUGGUUCUACAAGGACCCCCAGGCAGAGAUCCAGGGUCCGUUCACCACCCUGGAGAUGUACGAGUGGUUCCAGGCGGGCUACUUCUCCAUGUCUCUGCUGGUGAAGAGGGGCUGCGACGAGGGCUUCCAGCCGCUGGGUGACGUCAUCAAGAUGUGGGGGCGCGUGCCUUUCGCCCCCGGGCCCUCCCCACCGCCCCUGCUGGUGAGACCUCCACCACCGCGCCCGCAGCCGCUGCCACCCCGGGGUCCUGCUGGUAACAUGGAUCAGGACCGUCUGAAGAAGCAGCAGCAACAGGACUUGGCAGCAGCUGCUCUCUAUCAGCAGCUCCAGCAGCAGCAGCAGCUAUUCCAGCUCAUCAACAGGUGUGGAGAACAGGGUAUGAUGCCUUCAGUGAACAGGUCGAUGUCAGUGCCAGAUACAGGGUCCAUGUGGGACAUGCAUACCUCAGCUUCACAGCAAUCAGGCGGUGAAGCCAGUUUAUGGGACUUAACAAUGAAUUCUUCAACUCAGGGUCCAACACUCGAACAGCUUCAGAAGCUCCAGCAGGAGAGGAGGGAGGCUGAACUCAGGACGAAGCGCGAAGAGGAGGAGCAGCGCAAGAGGAGAGAGGAGAAAAGGAGGCAGCAGGAGGAGCAGAAGAGGAGGGAGGAGGAGGAGAUCUUCAGACGCAAACAGUGUCGCCAGCAGCAGGAGCUGAUCAUGAAGCUGCUCCAGCAGGCCCCUCAGCAGGGCUCAGGCUCCGGGGUGGGGUCUGGCUGGGGAACUGGGGGCCUCAACAAGCCAGGGGCCAAGGGCCUCAGUCUGCUGGACAUGCAGGAAGCCGAGAGGCUUCUCAAACAGCAGCAGAGAGCCCAGCAGCAACAGAGGGAACGCCAUCAAGGCAUGUCCAUGGGUCAGUGGGGGGACGGAGGUGCUGUCCCAGGGGGCCUGUGGGGAGGCGGAGGGGGGAUGGAGGGUAAGGCUGGAGGCGGAGGGGCCAUGGGUCUGUGGGAGGAGGCGGUGAAGAACCAGUCCAGAGGUGGCAGCAUGCAGGGUCUGAAGAACAGCCGCAGCAGCCCCUCACUCAGUGAGCAGUAUAUGUUAAGUCGUAGGAAGCAGCGUACGGAUGAGGAGGACAAGCUGCUGAAGCUGCUGCAGGGCAUCAAGACGCCUCAGGACGGGUUCACCACCUGGUGUGAACAGAUGCUGCAUGCCCUCAACACCCAAGCCAACAACACCUCUUCCCCACUGGACGUGUCCACCAUCGUGGCGUACCUGAAGGAGGUAGAGUCUCCCUACGAGGUGUUGGACUUUAUCUGCUCCUACCUGGGAGACACCAUGGAAGCCAAAGAGUUCGCCAAGCAGUUCCUGGAGCGCCGUGCCAAACAGAAACAGAACCAGAAGAGGCAGCAGGAGCAGCUAUCAAAGGAAGUAGCAGGGCUGACCAUGAACAACUUCCCUCUGCAGGACUCCAUGCGGGGCGUGAACCCCAGCGCACUGCAGUCUAUGUUCCAGGCGGCCCACAUGGCUAAGGGAGGGAUGUACGAUGCCCAGGGGGGCAUGAAGAAGAAGAAACAGCCCGUGAUGCUGCAGUCUGACCCCAGCAUCCUAGGUAAGACAUGUCCUCCUCAACUCAUUCACACUUACGACUUAUUGCACACUUGUUACAAACGUAUCACUUCACAAUGUAUCACUUCAGUAUGAUCUGUCACCACCCAGCUCUGGAGAAAUCGGCAAACCUGCCUGGUGGAUGUUCUCUUCGGCUGCUCAUAGAUCUGGGUCAUAACUGAUUGAGUUGCUCGAUGCCUUCUCUAAAUUGCUCUCCUCCCGCAUCCACCUGUGCCGCCUCCUUUUCCCUUUCUCUCCCCCAUUUCUUUCUUUUGUUCUCCCCCUCCUCUCCAGGCUACUCGUUCCACAACGCGGGCGAGCGUCUGAGCCUAAAUGAGAUGGAGAUGGUGGAGGAUUACUGAUCCAGAUCUGAUCAGCAGCGGCAAUAGCUACUACCUGAGGCCUUCUGUCUACUAAUCAGACAAACCUGAUGACGAAUGUGCACUGCUAGGGGAUGGGGGUGGGGGGGGUCGUAUGGGGACAGGAAGGAGAGGAUUGUUUCACUGCCCCCCCCCCCCCAACAAAAAAAAGAGUAGGGCUCCUCUUCUUAAAUCGUUCACUUGAGUGGGUGGAUGAGGUGAAAGGGGGUGUGAUGGGUAUCCCUUGGCACUUGUAAGACUAAGCACCUUAAACUGAACUAAUGCACUUUAUUAUUAAGUUUGAAUCAUUUUUUUUAUGAAUACAGAAUCGGUGUGUGUGUGUGUGUGUGUGUUGAAUCUACACGCAAUGCCGUAUGUAUACACGUGAAAAUCUGAACUGGAAGGGUGAGGUGAAUGGUUGGUGGGAUAGGCUCACUGGGAGGGGAACUCAAAGGUAGAGGGGACCUUUUUAUUUUGAAACCUUAUCAGAAAAACCAAUCUUUUCUUCAAAGACAAACACUGUUGUUUUUUUUGUUUUUUUUUAAGACAAUACAUUUAUAUAAAAAGUAAAGCUAUUACAAAAAAAUGGAUACAAAGAAAACUUGAAGAUUUGCACUUGUGUUAAAAAAGAUAAAAUAAAAAAACAAAUGAGGUUAGGUAUAGAGAUUAAUAUUUUGUGUGUGUGUGUGAGGGCUGCUGUGUAUCAGAAACAUACUAGUCUGCACAAUGUAUAUAUUUUUUCCGUUGCUUACCAAGAUGUACGUCAUUUGGUUCAAAUUAUAUACAUUUUUUAUUUUUCUUUCAUGAGUAGAACGUCUGUCCUCUUGUACAGAGGGACUUUCUUUGAAUACUUGUGUGUGAGACCGAGAGUGAGAGGGCAAUCCCACAACACAUUCUUCCUCUCACCAGCUCGUCAUCCCCAGAUAGACGUAGUGGAAACACAUACAUUUGUAGAGGAGGAUUAUGGCUUUAUGUUGUUGACCACCACUUGUUUUUUUUCUGUGUGAUUUUGGAGUAUGGGCUAUACCCCUCCCCUGCGGUCUUCUCUCAGCCACGGUCUCUCAGCCUCUGUGAGGUUUCAAACAGACAGUGGUAAGGAUCUUUAGUGUGUGUGUGUGUACGCCUGUGUCUUUACUAAUCAUAGGAAAGAAGUGAUCCCUACAGGUACUUAUCUGUAUGUGUGUGUGUGUGUGUGUGUGUGUGUAUAUGCAUGCACAUUUUUGCCUUAGAACUCUGAAAGGGUGAAUGGGAGGGAAUGUUCAAUGACCAUUGAGACAUGAACUACUUUUGAGUGUACUGUGAUAAGUUAAAGGAGAAUUUAACUAUUUUUAGGGACCUAAUCUUUAUUUUUCAUGUAAAUGGCAUGUUAUUAGAAAGGGUCCAGACGACAUAUUUUUUUGCAAUUUCAUUUGGUUUUGAGAAACUUACCCAGAAGCGAUCGACUUCCUGGGCCUCAUUCUGGAGUUCCAGGACAUCCAAAAACAUGAAAAACGGCAGAGCGUUUCUGUUUGUAAAAGGAUAUUUUUGGAGCCUUUUCAUGUUUUUUGGAUGCCCCGGAACUCCAGGCUCGAGAAGUCAAUCCCUGCCGGGGUACAUUUUUCAAAACCAAGUGAAAUUGCAAAAAGAAGGGUCUGUAAACUUUGUAUAACAUUCCAUUUACAUCCAAAAUAAAUAUGAGGUUCUUAAUGAAAUUAUCUUAAGCGCUCUGCACAGUCAAUGUGCAUGUCAGUCAUGUAUCCUAAUAUUUCUAGUAUAGCCUGGGGAUGAAGAUGACUCUUCUUCUUUGUAAGGUUAGUCCGGUUUAGUUUUCCUGGGACGUGAUCACGUUGCCUUGUCGGCUUUCUUUAACUUGCGUGUGAAAGGUGUUGAGUUUCAGAUUCUGCUCAAAACAAUUGUCAUCAAACUGUCUGUGUACAGGGCGGGAUGUUAGCAUAUUCGUGUUACUUAUUGUUGUUGCUAUUGAUCAUGAUGGUGGUGACUUUUUUCUGAAUAUAAAUGAACAUUUUAUAUAUGAAUAUAUAUACAAAGAAAAAAAAAAAGAUUUGGACUAAGAUUAUGAUAAGCACUUGGGGCUGCUUUUUUUUUCUUCAUUUGUUUUUGUUUCAUUACCGCCAUGUGAAGUGCGUUUUGUUAUUUCUUUCUUAAGAAAACUUUGAAUGUAUUCCCCCCCUCCCCCCCAAAAAAGACAAAAUGUGAUGAUACCGGAUAUAAUUUCAACAACAACAACAAAACUCAGAUUGAAGAUGUCUUUCACCUUUUCUGUUUUACUCCGAGGAAGAACUCGGGAUGGCUACAGUUGAUCCCACUGCCUCUGCAAUCCUGUUCUUACAAAAACAAUAUUACUAUGAGAAAUAAAAUAGACUAUUUUCUAUUCCUGACUGGAUUUUUGGUUGUUUACAAAACACAGAUUUCUGUGGGUGCAGUUUUUUUGUGUAGGGGUGGGGUUUUGCGAGUGUGCUUCUGCAAUAUGGACGUUCAUUGGCGUACAUUGUUUUUGGCGGGAGAAGGAGGGACAUCACAAUGUGACGGACAAGAUCCUUGCCCUUUGACCCUUUAGUGGGCAUGGCUCUUUGGAAUUGACUGAUCCUCAAGGAAAGAAUUCAACAACAAAGUUAGUCUGUUUUUUUUGGUUUUGGGGGAGUUCAUUAUUAGUGUGUCUUCCGGUUUCAUUUAGUUACUUUGUUGUUGUUGAACUGCCUAUCUUAACUAGACAAGUAUUGAAAGAAGAAUAAAGCUUAAACAAAAAGCA